AUGUCCGAAUUACAUCAUAUAUUGACGUUCCCAAUAAGACCAAUCACAAAAGAGGCGUAUUUACCAAAGUUAUCAGCAUUCUUGAAAUCUGGUAUCCCAGCGACAUAUACCUUAGAGCAGGUUGCAGCAUUUGAACAAGGUAAAGAAGAUGAUGAAACAACAUCCGGGUCAAACACGACACCUUUACAUAUACUUGCAAGAUCUCUGCCAGAAGACCUAUCCUCGGAUGAAACAGUGGUUGUGUUAGAAAUGAUGAAUACGCUAUUUGAAUAUGGAGCUGGUUGGAACUUCUUAGACUAUGAGAAUAAAUCUAUAGGUGAUUUAUUACUAGAAAAAAGAGGCCAAGAUAGAAAUGGAAUCUUAUAUCAAAGAGUAGUAGAGGCCGGUGUGAGCGCUGAAUUGUUAUUAAGAAAAGUUACCGGAGGUGAAAUAGAAUUUUUAGAUGAUGAUGAUAAUGAUGAUGAAUUACCAAUAAUUAAAGAAGAUCCUCCAAAGGAUGACGAACAAGAAUCUUAUUCUCAUUCCGAAGGUGCAACGAAAAUAGCUGUCGACAAUGAUGCAACAGCGGCAGACCAAGAAACGUAUCUUCAUACCAAACUUGAGUAUACAGAUGAUGCAUUAGUCACAAAAGAUAAUAGAGAUGGUGUUAUGAUGGAUUGGGAGACAAAUAUUAUGAAAUUGGCAUCUGACACAAUUUUCCCCGACUUGAAUGAUACUUCCUCAGCAACUGUGUUAAAUAUCGGUUUUGGCAUGGGAAUUAUAGAUUCGUUUAUCCAGGAAAAAAAUCCCAAGCGUCAUUAUAUUUGUGAAGCACAUCCUGACGUCCUAGCGAAGAUGAAGAAGGAUGGAUGGUAUGAAAAGCAAAACGUCGUUAUUCUUGAAGGAAGAUGGCAAGACACAUUAAAUAAGUUAUUAGACGAUGGCAAUGUUUUUUUCGAUGGUAUUUACUAUGAUACCUUUAGUGAACACUACCAAGAUAUGUUAGAUCUCUAUGACCUUAUUGUUGGUCUAAUAAAACCAGAAGGUGUGUUUUCCUUCUUUAAUGGGUUAGGUGCAGAUAGGCCGAUAUGCUAUGAUGUCUAUAAAAAGAUAGUUGAGCUUGAUGUCGCAAUCUACAGUAUGAAAUGUGAAUACACGACAAUACAUAUUGAUAAACAAUUGCCCGACUGGAAAGAUGUAAAGCGAUCCUAUUUCAAUUGUAAUUAUUAUUAUCACCCACGUAUAUCAUUUAUUUAA